AUGGCAUUUUGGACUAGAUAUGGUAAUAAUUGGUAUAAGUCAGAGGUAUCAGGUCAAAAUAGAUAUAUCUCCUUUCUUGCUUAUUCAGAGGUCUGUAUUGAUUUUGAUGCUGAUUAUGAUUCCAUUGGUUUCGUGGAGGAACUGAUAAAGGUUGCUGAGGUGAAGGUCUGGGAAACAUCGAUUGUGGAUAUUGGGUUGGAGUUACAUCUGCCACAUAAGGAUACUGGUAGUACAAUAUUGGAGAUGGACUUUGUUGGAAGUGUGGGGUCUGUGACAGUUCAUACCAGGGUGACGGUUAUCACUCUGGUGACAGUUCAAACCGCCAUUGAAUUAAGCAGUGGUGAUGGUCAUAACGUUUUAACCGGUUGGUCAUCACCAGACCCAAACCAAACGCAUGUUUCGAGUGAUGUAGCAACAUUUGGAGUUGGUGCUGUUCAGGUUCUUGCUACGAUUUUAACUUUGUGGUUAGCAGACAAAUCUGGUCGCCGGCUUUUACUUAUUGUUUCUUCAUCUGCAAUGGCUUUGAGUCUUUUGGUUGUUUCAAUAUCAUUCUACUUGAAGGAAUAUAUAUCACCAGAUUCUGAUUUAUAUACGACAUUGAGCCUCGUAUCGGUGGCUGGAGUUGUGGUCAUGGUUAUUGCAUUCUCUCUGGGAUUAGGAGCAAUGCCAUGGAUUAUAAUGUCUGAGAUUCUUCCGAUUAACAUCAAAGGCCUAGCUGGAAGUUUUGCAACACUUGCCAAUUGGUUCUUUUCCUGGUUGGUUACAUUAACAGCAAAUUUGCUCUUGGAUUGGAGUUCGGGAGGAUCAUUCCCUGAGAAACCUGCAGAUGUUAUAACAACCAAUAGUGAAAAACAAAUCGAAAGUACUAAGGAGAGUAAUAAUGAGGAGACUUCAGGUGAGAAAAUAGUAGUGAUUGAGAAAGACCCACCGACACCACCAAAAAGGGAGGUUGUCGAAGAGGUAGAGAAGGAAGCACCCUGUGUUGUUCCUCCUCCCUAUAAAUAA